AGAUCUGGUCACGUGACUUCGUGUUUUCCAGACUUGGAGCUGGAUGCUGGAGAAGAAACAAGUGUGUGUGUGUGUGUGUCGGCAUUGAGUGACCGACAGCCCAAGAAAGCUGACACGAACAGAAGACGGGACAAACCUUUGAUCGCUAAACAGGGGGAAGGACAGAUUCGACGAUCAGCGCCGCUGGUGCACGGACUGGACAGCUUCGCCACCAGCAACGGUGGAGGAGCGGAGACCAUGUCGGCCCAAGUGAAUGACGUCUCUCUCAUUCAAGAUGAGGACCUUCUGCGCAGAAUGUGGCAACAAACGGAGGACUUUGGGCGUAGGAAGGAGAUUCGAGCUCGCAUGUAUAAACUACGAGAACAGAGGUUGAAGGAGUUCUAUACCACGGGCGAGGUGUUGUCGGAUGUACUGAGCACAAGUACCUCCUCGCUGGAUGGCGGAAGGAAAAACGUCAGUGCGUCCAACCUCAAGAACAGCCAGAGCAGCAGCUCCCAAAUUAUCAGCAAGAGCUCAUCCUACACAACCAGCAGUUCUGGAGGUGGCUACAACAUCACACAUGCUGACUCACUGGCAGACGAAGGCUUCCUCACUCUCAAGAGUAAGGAGAUCCGUGACUCAGAGUCUCCUACACGUGAAUUUCACCAGCGUCAAGAAAGAAAUGCGAAGAAUGAAAGUUCAACUUCCACUACUGGAGGUGGAGGAGAGUACUGGAGGAUUGUUCAGGAGUCUUCUUCUGGAGGUUAUGAAUCGACAGGUACCACAGGUCAAAUAGGAGACACUGUAAUUCACACCACUAGCAAGAAUGAGCAUCGAAGUCUUGUGGGAGAUUCUGAACAUGAGGGCUUUAAAACUGCCUCUCAAGUGAGUUCAUCUGAGCACACAUCAUGCAUACCUAAAAGUAGCGGUGCCAUUGAACUGGAUACGACAGGCCAUAAGUCCUUAAUUUCAACAAGCAACAUAGAAGAUGCCACCCACCAUGAAAUGGCAUCCUCAGCAAACAGAUCACAUUCAGAGAAGUGGUCUUCAGCAUCAUCAACUUCUUACUCUGCAAGCAGUAGCCAGCAGUAUCAGCAAAAUGAGAAAACAUCAGCAGUUACUUCCUCCACAACACGUGAUCAUCAAGAUUCCAAAAUAUCUUCAGGAUUAGAAGACUCAAAUGUAACUUUAUCAGAAUCAGCAAAUUUAUCUUCACCCACUGGAGGCAGCCUUAAUAUUAAUAGCUCGACUACAACGGCAUCUAAUCAGGUCAGUAGCAGUCAAAGCGGUAAGCAUCGUGUAACGCAACGUUCACAAACAGGAGAACUAGUUGGAAGGACAGCUCAAAGCACCACUGAAACAUCAGAUGUAAAAAUUACAGCUAUCGAUAAACCUUGUGGGACAGCGACGGCUUCCAGCAACAUCCUCAUAAAGGAUGGAAGCAGUAGCAGCAGUAAUAAGACUGUAGAACAGCACAUUAUGAGCGAGCUUAACAAGCUGGACUCAUUCCUGUCCACACAGAAUACAGCAGCAAAUUCCACUCACAUAAGCCAGGGAGGUACUCAUGAUUCCAGCAGCUGGACAGUCGUAUCAUCUGAUAAAAAUCAGACUGUUAACAAUGCCACAGACGAAUUUGUUUUUCGCUCAGGUCAUAUCGCUCAAGAUGAAAAGGACUUUAGCACACAACAAAACACUAAUAUCAUAGAGCAGGAAAGAACAAGCUCCACUGUGAACCACAGCUAUGACGUUCUAGAGUCAACAAAAGGUACUGAUGAGAAGACACCCAUCACAAUAAAGGAAGAUAAACCAGAUUUGAAGAAACCAGCUAGUGAAGCAACUGAAGAACCAAAACAAGGGGUCGCAAAUCAAGGCACGGCAACCGGGAAAGACGGUGCUGACACCACUGGUCAGUAUGUGACAACAUACCAGCAAGCAUACACGAACAAACGAAUCAGUGUUGACCUCAGUCCAACUCAUGAAGCUUUUGCUCGAUCACUGCGUGCCUCUCCAGAGCGGGCGACGCCUUCAUCUACACGUUCCUCUUCCAAGACAUCUCUUGAUCGUUCCAGUCCUGAUCGGUUUAACAAACCACUGACCAGAACCUACCGUAAUAGGACCAGUCUUGAUAACUCGUUGAGUACUGGUAGAACAAGUCCUGAUAAGACACCCAAAAGCAGGUCUUCACCAACAAGGGCUAGUCCAGAAAAGUCAACAAACAGGUCAUCACCUACCUAUUCUAGCCCAGAGAAAGGUCCAGGACAAAGAAGAUCACCUAGCCGAGUUAGUCCCGAGAAAACAACUAAGUAUCCUGAUGAAAUGGCUGCUAGCAGGGACAGUCCAGAAAAGACAACAAAGACUCUUCAUUCACCAAAAAGGGAAAGUGCUGACAAGACAGGGAAAUCACCAAUCAUGGAUGGAAGAAGUAGUCCAGAAAAGGCAACAAAGACUCCACAGAAUGAUAGGUCUUCACCUAGAGCAAGCCCUGAGAAAAGUACAAGACCUUUACAUGCUGAAAAAGUUUCUCCAACAGUAAGUUCUUCUGAUAAUUCACAACAGGGGAAAACUUCUCAUUUGCCAGAGAGGAGGGUCAGCUCUGGUGAUAAACCACAUGAUACUGUCACUGCUUACUCACCAACAAGAAAAACGUCAGAUUCCAUAAAGACUUUUUCUUCUGCAUUAGUUACCUCUGACAGGGAUUCAGCUGUUAAAAUAACAAAAGAAAGACGCAAGUUAUCAUCAGGUCUUUCUCGAGCGACAACUAAGAAGAGAUCCUCAACACCGGGUGUCUCCCCUCACACUAGUCCAACCCGCAGCGAUGAAACCACUCUUUCUACUGAAAGACAGAGCCGACCCCGUUCUCGAGGAGCGUCGUCCCGUUCUAAUACUGACACUGAGGGAAGUGAUACGGAUGCCAAGCCUAAGAAACCUGGAAAUGUAAUUUACACUGAGGAUAAAACAGAUAAAAGUAGUCUGGAAACUGCAACUGACAAAGCAAAAACAGUUUCUAAGCGAUUAGAAUUUAACAAAAUCAGUACAGAAUCUAUAACAACUGAUGAAAAAGAUGGUACUGUUUUGUCGAGCAAAAUAAAAAAUAAAUCAGAUGAACAAGUACCAGAGGGAAGAAAGUCAUGUUCUGUUCCUUAUCCUCAUAAAGAUGUUGACUUGAGUGAAAACCUUUCUGAAGAUGACGGCUCUGAAAGAACUAAGACAAAGUCGCCAUUGUCAUCCAGUCCUGAGAGAGCUCAAGAAGUCUGUUCCAGCACUAACAUUGUAUCAAGAAAGGUUUCACCAAAAGGUACAGUCAAAGGAAAGGCAGUGAAAUGUGACGAUUCAACACCCACAACAGCAAAGAUGCCUGUAAGGAAAUCAUCCAAAGAUGAACCUUUCCAUCCCAGUAAGAGGAGUCCUUCACCACAGAAAACUAAACCUGAUGACGUAGGCACUAAAAUCACUCCCUCCAGUAAAGAAUCAAAUUAUAGUUUGCCUUCCGAUAUUCCAACAACAAACACAGAAUCACCCAAAUCAAUGCUGGAUAAACUUCCAAGAGACAAAUCACCAGAAUACAGUUCAGAGGGUUCACUUGUGAAUGAACUGUAUCCAAGAGAGUCGACGGCUGAUACGCCUAGAGAUGUGUCUUCCCCUGUGAAGCAGCCAAGACACGUCACAAAGGAGUCUCCUGAUUCGAGUCCAGAGAGAGAAAACUUCAAGCCUAUAAAAUGCUUCAGAACAAGUCCUGAAAUUCGUCCAUCCACACUUGAGUUUGCUCAUCCCAAGAAACAAGCCCCUUUUGAAGCAAGUCCAGGGAAGCCAGAAUCACCAACAAAGUCAUUUCAGAGGAAGAAUGAAGAUGAUGAUGCAACAGAGGAGGAAAGUGAGAUUGAAAAUUUCAUGAAACCGUCAACAGAGCCCAGCACCAUCAGAGAACCAGUCAAGGCUCCAGAGCCAAUAUCUACAAGAGCUACUGAUUUCAAGAAGUCUCCAGAGAGGCCAAACACAUCACCUGCAUUUGAAAAUGAUUAUUCAAGUCCAACUAGUAGGCAGAAGUUUCCAUCAUCAGCUAAAGGAAAGCCUGAUGUUUUCAGUAUUGAACCUUCCACACCCAUGGACACAACCUCCACUCACCUUAAAAAACAAAAGACUCUGGAAACUAAAGAUAAGCUUGAUCAAAAUAGCAAGUAUCCGACAAGAAAGAGAACACCUAACAGUCACACAACAAAAUGCCCUCAAGAUUUGGGUUCCAUUUCCGUAGGUAAUCCUCCUGAACGAAAGGAACCAGGACAUACAAUUGGAAAGCUGUGUCAGCCAUCAGAAGAACUAGAGGAGGAAAAUCCAGAGGAUGUUUAUGAUAAAAUUAAGCAGUUCCCUGAAUGUGUAAGGAAGCCUAAAACACGAGACCAAGAAAUUGAUAAAAAUUGUGUUCAAGCAAGUGAAAUACCAAGUUCUUCCAGUCUGGAAAGACCAUUGACGACUACUGCUGAAAUUACUCUGACAUUUACUACACCAAUUAAGAAUUCACCCCAAGAAAAGAAACCUAGGCCUGAAAAGGAUUAUCCAAGUCAGUCAGCAGUACCUCAGAAGCCAGAUCAACAAUACCCAUCAGACGUUAGUCCUGAGAGAGACCAUCUGAAGAGACGCACAAUUCCAAUAAGAAGUCGCACUGAGAAGUCAGGCGAUACUUCACCUUCUAAGCAGACUUGUAUUUCUAACAAGAUCUCAGAUACACAUGUGAAGCCAAUAAUAAAAAAAUUAGGUGAUUCUCUUCCGUCACCAUCCCAUAUUCCAGAAAAACCUAAAAGUGUGCCUGAGCCAAGUGGGAAGCAUUCAGCACGCAAAGUUGCUACAUUGAAUUAUGGUAAACAGAUACCUAAGAGGAGUCCAAGUAGUGCACAAACACCCAGGAGACAAUCAGAAGAAAGCAGUCCUUCCCCCCACUCAAGUCCUGAUAGAGCAUCUCCAAACAGAGCAACAACUCCCAAAAGAUUACAUGAUAGAGUUACUGAUUCAAGCAAUGUGUCCAGAAGCCCUGAUCAAACACCUUCAUCUAGCCCUGAAAGACACAGAAAUCCGGUAAAAAUUAGACCUUCUGAGGCAAAACCUUCUUCUAGAAUACCGCAGAGUUCUUCUCCGUCAUCCAGUCCAGAAAAAAUAUCUAGGAUUCCAAGCAGUUGCGUACAAGACCGCCCAGGUCAGUCACCAGUAAGGCACAGUCAGCCAUUAACAAGACCUAAUGAAAACAAAUCUAGGCCUAACUACUCACCACUGUAUCCUUCUAAACAAUCUUCAAGACCUGAUCAUUCGCCAGCAAGGGAAAGCCAAUCACCUGCUAGACGAAGUCAACCACUUGCAAGAACUGAUCACUCUCCAGCAAGAUUCAGUCAAGGUCCAGCACUUCCCAGCUCAUCUCCAUCAGGCCCAAGAUACCAAACUGAGAAGCUCAAGAAAUCGAGAUCAGACAUUGUUCCUGUCAAAUCCGCAUUUGUUAAAACUCCAAAAACAUCAAAAGUUGGUACUAAUUUUUCAAAAUCUCUUGGGAAACCUGGUUAUAAUUCUGAUCAAUAUCCAAGCCAAGAAUGUCCAGUUAAACAAUCUACAAGACUCUCUCCAAUAAAAUAUAAUUCUGUUACAAGGGAGCCUAAACAGCAGAAACCAGAUGAAAUAGAUGACGAACAAUCAACUGACCGCUCAUCAACUGUUUCGAGUCCUGAAACUGUUAAAACUGCAGAAGAUAGUACUGCAGUAGACACCACAUAUAUCGCUAGCGACCAGGUAGUUGGUCUGCAAAUUACUGCAACAUCACAUAAACGUUUGGAGUUGUUUGUACCCCAGCUGUCGCAUGAUAGGGACUCCUCACCAUCAGAUAAUAAUCAAGAUGACACACCUGUGUCUCUUUCCACUCUAACAGGCACUAAGAUUAUAAAGACAGGUGAAAUUGUACCCACAUCUGUGACAAUUUCAAUCACAUCAAAUAAAAAAAGAACAACCAAAGAUACACUUGAGAACAAACGACACAAAGGAUACUGCAGCGAUGAGUACGAUGUGGAUGAUUUACCAGAUGAAGCCCCACCAGAAGAAUUUCUGGUUGAAGAUGAUUCACCUGUUGGAUUACCAUUUCAGUCAUAUCCAGUUCCAGGGAAACCUCAAAAAUCUCCUGAAGGUGUUAGAGGUGCUUCACAGACUAGGGUACCAAGGGAUGGAUCUCCCAGAAGUAAACCAACUAAAAGUACUCCUACUCCCUCGAAAUCUGGCAGAACUGUAACUGUCACUGCGAAAAUCUCCAAGAGACAAACCAUAACAAGUGAAACACAGAGAGUGAAGCAGGAACCUCAUUUCUCAGCUGUUGAAAAACAAAUUAUUCCAACCAGUCAGAGAAAGAGUAGGCCAAAGGAUAUAACUGCAGCAGACAUAAGAAUAACACGAUCCAGCAGUGACAAGAAUGUCAUUAGAAAACAUCCUUCUUCUCCUAGUGGCGUUCAACCAAGAUGCCAAACAUCAAAACCAGAAAUGGCCAUUUUGCAGACUACCAUCACAAGAAACACAUCAACUGCACGGCAACAGCAAGGAACCACUGUAUCGACAGCAACAGCAAGAGUGACGACUACUCGAACAACAAAAGUACCAGCAUCUCCAGUGAAGCCAGCUAUAAAGAAAGUUGCUCGUACUGAAGAACAGAAUAGGAUUAACGACAGGCCUAAACCAACAGCCACUGCUGCUGUUAGGAAAAUUGAUACCAAGAACCAAACUAUAGAAAUAAGCAAUAAGACUACUAAAAAGAAAUUAGUGAAUGGGGUGUCAGAAAAGGCACUUGCCUCAUCAUCGGAGGAUGAACAGGAAGUACCUGAAGCAUUGACUGAUGAUGAGAAGGAAACAGUUUUUAUAUACACAGAUGACGAGCACAACGAAUCUUACAUAAAGGAGCUAGAAGAGCUUAGGAGAAUAGAUGAACUACAGUAUGCCUCCAAAUUAACAGCACUAAGAACAUCAGAACAUAAACUCCUGUCUCCUAGCCAUGACAUUCCAGGUGUCAUUAUACAACCUCUCAAAUCAUCCAGGGAAUCAUCCCCUGAAUAUCCUAGACGGACAGCGGAGGACGGAAUUAAGCCACGAUAUGCUGACAGAAUUAGUGAACCUGAGGAUGAUGAUGAUAUAUCAAGGCCAUACAAGUUAAAGCCAGCAGCAUUCCAGAAACCUAUUAUACAUCCAGAGGAUUUUGAUGAAGAGUAUACAGAUGAUGACAGCAAACCCAAGGCUAAAAAACCAGCGGAAAGUUCACAACCAAAUGAUCGCCCAAGCUUUGUGGUUCCUCGCUCAGUACAAGUUACAGAUUUAGAUGAAGAGUCAGAAACUGAUAACAUUCACAGGUCUGUUAGUGUAGCAGACAGAGUUUCUCGUUUCUUGGGCACAACUAGAAAUGUAGCACGUUCAACUGUUCAAGCUUCAGAACCACCACAAUCAAUUGACAUCAGCCAAAAAUCUCUGGAUAGUCCUAGCACUGUUAGAAGGGCCAGAGCAAUGUUUGAAACUAUAGCUAGUUCUCAGACCUCCACACAUAAAGAAACUACAAGGCAAAAUGAGGUUAUGAACAUAUUUGAUACUCACAGGAGGGAGUCCCCUACACUAGAGAACAGAAAAACAGACAUAGAUCAUUCCAGCGAUCAAGAAAAUCAGAGUGAACCUGGAAAUGUAACACCAUUCACUGAAGGGCAGUUUCCUGAGAAAGACAGUAUUCUGAGCGAGACUCCAUAUACCAAGUAUCCUGCAGAGAAGCCAUCAGUUAAUGAAUUUCCUAUUGUUACAGAAAAGGAUGUCCCAUAUUACAGAGAUUCAUAUCCAUUCCCAAGCAAAGAGGGUGCAGAUACACCAAGAACGUCAUUGACAAACACUUAUACUUACCACCAGUCACCUUCUCCUGAACUCCCAGAGUGCCAAGUACCAAAAUACACUCAACCUCGCGAUAGUUCUCCGACAUCUAAAAUGCCGAGUGAUGCACGUCUUCAUCAUAAGCCAACUGGUAUUUCAGAACACCCUGAUAACAGGAAUUAUGAUACCUAUACGAAGGCGAAGUCUUCUAGAAACAUUCCAAUAUCUAAACCAACCGUGGUAAAAUCACACUUACCUAGUGUCACACAACAGAGAGACACUUCUCCAGUAAAGGAUGAUCGACCAAUCAAAAGAGUUUCUCAGCAGGAGCCAUCAUUUGAUAGUUACUCAAAACAGAAGCCAUCACAUGAUGAUUCUCCAGAGUUUAAAGAUUAUUUACCAACAAGGAAAGAUUCACUUCCUAAGAAAGGACAAACUCAGGAGUAUCCAAAGAGACAGCCUUCUGUAGACACACACUCAAAGGAGAAAGACUCACCUCUUGGGAAAGAUAAGCCACAAGAUAUGCACCCCAGGAGGCAAUCAGGACAGGAGGAUUACACUCUUAUUGAGACCUUUACUAAGGAUACAACAACGCAGAGAGAAAUCUUGAGACAGAAAGAUAUCUUGAGCAGGCCUUCAGUAUUUGAGGCAAGAUGUGUGGCACCUUCUGUGAAACCAGAACAGUUCGACCAUCCUAACGAGCUUGAAACAUCUGGCUAUCCUUCUGAUAAUGAUGUACCAGUAAGAAGUGAUACAAAACAUUGCACAGAUACAUUCACAAAGAAAAAACCAUUCCCAAAUUAUACCAUUCCCUCCAGAACUGAAACUUAUUCAAACCAAGAACAUUCACAGGACUUAUAUCAUGCCCACAACACUGUUACUUUUGAGAGAAAGGAUUCACAACCAUUAAAAAACUUUUCAACAGACACGUAUCCAAAAAGGAAGCCAUCCAAAGAUGAUACUUCUCCUACCAGGAAAGACUCUGCCCCAAGGAAGGAUUCUCCAGUAAGACAGGAUACUGGACCAAGAUCUGAAAAGGGACAACCAACAAGAUAUGACACUUAUCCUAGAAGAGAAAAAAGCCCUUCACAGACCUCAACAUUUCAGAGGAAGGAUCAGCCAGGAAAUGUUGGCCUAUCCAGAAAGAUUACCAGUCCUAAAGAUGACAUUACUGCAAAAGACUCUCCUCGUACUGGAAGAUUCAGUAGCCCCAGAGAUAAAUCUGAUGCUGUGAGUUUUGUGCAGCCUGCAGUUACAUCUUCUAAGGAAAACUAUCCUACCACAAAAUAUUCAAAAGACUUGGCACCUACAAGAAAGGAGCCAUAUUAUAAAGGGGAAUCUCCUAGAGAUACUUCCCCUACCAUAAAUAAUUCAUCUCCCAAGGAUACAUCUCCAAUAAGGAAGGUUUCAUCUCCUAAAUGGGAAUCUCCUAGAGAUACUUCCCCUGUCAGAAAGCACACGUCCCCCAAGGACACAUCACCUACAAGGAAGGAAUCAUCUCCUAAAUGGGAAUCUCCUAGAGAUACUUCCCCUGUCAGAAAGCACACGUCCCCCAAGGACACAUCACCUACAAGGAAGGAAUCAUCUCCUAAAUGGGAAUCUCCUAGAGAUACUUCCCCUGUCAGAAAGCACACGUCCCCCAAGGACACGUCUCCUUCAAGGAAGGAAUCAUCUCCUAAAUGGGAAUCUCCUAGAGAUACUUCCCCUGUCAGAAAGCACACGUCCCCCAAGGACACAUCACCUACAAGGAAGGAAUCAUCUCCUAAAUGGGAAUCUCCUAGAGAUACUUCCCCUGUCAGAAAUCACACGUCCCCCAAGGACACGUCACCUACAAGGAAGGAAUCAUCUCCUAAAUGGGAAUCUCCUAGAGAUACUUCCCCUGUCAGAAAGCACACGUCCCCCAAGGACACAUCACCUACAAGGAAGGAAUCAUCUCCUAAAUGGGAAUCUCCUAGAGAUACUUCCCCUGUCAGAAAGCACACGUCCCCCAAGGACACGUCUCCUUCAAGGAAGGAAUCAUCUCCUGAAGUGUGGUCUUCUAGAGAGAGCUCCCCUGUUGGAAAGUAUUCAUCUCCCAAAUAUGUCUAUCCAUUAAGAAAGGACUCAUAUUCUAGAGAUGACUCUCGUAACAUUACCCCUCCUAAAAAAGAAAUUUCUUCUCCAUAUGAUUCACAUCCCAAAGAUGAAACUCCAUUAGAAACAUCUCCAACAAGAAAAGAGAGUCACCCAACUAGAAAGCAGCCAGGGUCAGACGACAGGUACCUUCGUGAGGGCUCUCCAUCUAGCAGGGAGACAAGUCCCAAAAGAACCUCGCCGACUAGACCUGAAACAAAACCUACGACUCCGAGGAAAGAUUCCCAGACAAAUCGAUCCCACCUCAAGGAAGAAAACAAACACGCAGAGACAAGUACUGUUCGAGGUAGCGGACGCUUUGGGGUGAACUUACGUCGCACGGGAUCUACCGUGAGUACGACAGUGCAACGGCGUCUCAGCGGAGAGUCGCCAAAGCAUGCAGCAGGCCCAGAUAAGAAAGGAGACGAACCUAAUAUUGAGGAGAUCUUCGACAUUGAAUUACUGGAGAGACUGCUGGAGAAGGCGGUGGGCUACGAUCAGCGUCGUUCCAUUCGAGCGCAGAUCCGCAUCGUACGCCGACUGAUGGCAGAGCAGUCUGCAGUGACUGACAAAUCAAAAGGAAAAUCUGAACCGUCCAGUGACAGUGACUUUGAGCAGUUCUCAGCAGGCAACAAGCAGGAACCUGCCGCUGAGAGCGACUUCCACACCGAAAUUUAUAGGAAGAAGCCUUCUACUAAUGAAAAACCUGUCGUCAGAGACUCCGCGCCAUCUGAAAGGCGACUGGAUGAUGUUGACAUCUGCCACAAGACGUCGUCUUUAAUGCAGAGGUCUUUCCUGGAAACGAAACAGCAAAGUGGUUCUCCGGUGGUUCAGGAUUCAAAACCAUAUUACACCACGCCCAAAUCUCAUUCUGCUUUUCCCAGCGACUCAAAGCCUGUGCCUGAGAAAACUCCGGACUGGAAGUCGAGUCCUGUCAGAAAGCAGUCGAAGACUGAGCUCAACAUUGAAUUGAGGCCGGCCACGUCAUCACCUGUGAAGUCGCCAGUUAAGAAAUCUUCACUCGGUGAACCACCGAGGGAAGCAUUUCCCACAGACUGUGUCACAUCCAGCUAUGGUGUUGGCCCUACAGACGAAAAUGGACGUCCACUGUUUGGCCUGAGUGCACUACGUCGGCGGCAAAGUACCAACAACAACAUUCAGAUAUUACAAGAUAGUGUUGACAAUACGCCCAUAAGCGAACUUGAGCCGGAACAUAAGCCUCAGGAAGUAGACAGGAAACGGUCAGAAAUUCGUGAUUCCAGCGGACGUCCACUCUUUGGAGGCCUUGCAGCACUAAAAGCGACCACCACAAGUUCUAGGAGGAGUAGUGGUCCCCAUGAGGCUCCCAGCACCAAUGACAGCACGCCUGAGCAACCUGUCUCCUCGCAUCUCCGUGAACUUGUCAACAAACACGAACAGAAUUCACGUGGCAAUGCGAUCUCCCAUCCAGUUUCACCUCGCCAGAAACCACGUGCUAAGUUGCGCGACAGCUUCAUCCGGCGGUCCCAGGACAACGAGUCCGACGAGCGUUCUUUCCAGGCUGUUAUCCAAAAGCACGAAAAGAUUGGCCGUGAUGACAUCGGAAGUGACGUAGUACCUCGUUCGGACGAAGCUGUUCCUGACACAGGAGAUAACGAGAUGACUCGCUGGACCGGAAUACUGAAGACGCAACAUGGACGUGACCAGGUGGUGACAGAAAGUACCAGUACCAGUAGUGCCACUGUGAUCAGCUCUAGGGGGACCCUGAAAGCUGAUGGUACAGUCUCACUCAAGAGGGAUGUCAUCCAAGGCGAAACUGUAGCCAAAUUAGGUGAGGAACCUGUUACAAGGAUAACAAGGACACAAUUCAGCUACAAGACUCCGGAAGAUAAAACUACUUCUGCACCAUUGUAUUACGAUCGAUAUGAUUAUGAUGACCAGAGCAAUAUUACAAGAAAAUCCACCACAUCCAAUAGAAGAUCAUCGACUGGAAAUACGCCGUCGUCGGAACGAGGAUAUCCGGAUGAGAACGUGAAAUUAUCCAGUAUCACGACCUCUUCUGUUACAAGUAGUAACAGUUCUAGAAGGUCAAAGAUAUCUGAAGAUGACAGAAGUAGAUGUGACAAAAUCAGGAGCACCACUACGCAGGAUACGAUCAGAAAGUCCAAGGUUACAGCAGAUGCGACAACUGAAGAUGAUGAGAAAUUUGUGAGCUCGGCAACAGCAUUUCUGUCAGGUCAACAGAAAGUCACAGAUGAAAAUGGGAUACCAUCACGUUCCUCUCCAGAGAGGGGAAACAUUGUCGAUACCGACACUGAAGUAGAACCUGCCACUUUAAGGGAUGGGAAAUAUGCAAGUUCUGCCGUAACGCAGUCUGGAAGGACACCGUCGUCCGUGUACGAUGAUUUUGAAGGUACCAGGAAGACAUCAGCAUCUGGUUAUGAAAAAUAUUCCAGCACUUCAUUCAAUAGAUCUGAAACAGAGAGACAGGUCACAAAUUACUUUGUGGAUUCAGAGAGGAGGAGAAGCAGAGGCGACAGCAGGAGCUCCGUGCAGAGCAACAACGACGAUGAGAAUGACGGAUAUCGAUAUGUGUCGAGAUCUACGACUGAAUCAGAUAAACAAAGAUCAUCAAGAAGGUAUUCCAGUGAAACAGAGACUGAAGUGCAGAGGUCAGAAAUUUGCUACAAUAGCAGCAGCAGCAGCUCAGCGACGCAGAAUCGCAGUGGGGCCGUGACGACAGUCGAGACAACCGCUCGUUCGCGAUCUUCAACCCCUCAGAUGAGUGGGCCGGGCCGAAGGAGAUCGUCAGCUGCGCUAGAUGGCGAUAGAGAGGCAUCGCCUCUACCUGGUACCAGCAGCUCGGGAUUCUCUAGGGUUGCCCGUGCGGGCUCCGUUCGAGCUCUGUCACAGAAGUUCCAACAGGCUGCAGCCGAGGCGAAUAGCAGUGACAACUCUCGCUCGCAGCGUUCUUACCCCAAGGCUGGGCUCAUCUUCCGCUCGUCAAGUUUUCAACUUAGCAACGGAACCAGUCCUGCCACGACUCCCAUGGGGGAGGAGGCAUCAGGCACAGCAAAUCUGAAGCAGUCUGUGCCAGCGGAUGUGCAUGUGGGGUCAACUGCAAAUAAUGCAUAUGGCACAUCCCUUACUGAGACUGAAGGCAAAUCAUUCCUCACCAACCAGACACGUGUAACUGGCGUUCAAGAUGUGCUCACUCGCAUGAAGAAUGCUGAUCAAGAUGUCGCAGCUAGUGACUCGAAAGAGGAUGCAGAGGCUCGUUCUCUGCUGAACAAGUUCCUCGGGGCGCAAGUGAUUCUGCAAGGAAUGGAGCCGCUGGUGAAGGCUUCACAGUCCCAGAGCGCUGCACUUGUCAGUCAGGUGGAAAGGCAGCGGGUGCUCUCUUCACAGAAGACAACAAGUAAAGACUUGGAGCAGGACCUCGAGGAAAUUUGGGACGAGAGACUGCUACGACAAUUGCUGGACAAGUGCUCUGAUUACGAAGGGAGACGCCAAAUUAGAGCCAGGUUGCGAGUUGUUAUGGCAGAACAGAAAGCUUGUGCUGGUGUAGUAGCUGCCGCCUUGGCCGAUGAGGAAGUUGCAAGUGAACAAGAGCAGGGGGAAACUGGUGAUGUGAUUCACCGCAGCGUAGCAGAGGGACAUUCCGAGUCCAAGGUGACAUCGUCCUCCACUGAUGGUACCACCCACACUGAAGUAACAACAAAGACGUCUAGCUUCUCGGCAACGACAGUGGGGAAAAGCAAGGUCUCCAAAGAUGUGUUAGACCUGGUCAGCUCCUAUUUCUCCCCCCUUGGAAAGGCGAUGUCCCCCUUCGCCAAGUUCCAGCAGCUGGACCGUCAGAGUUCUUCCCAGUCGACACCCAGCUCCCCUAAGACCCCUGAGGUCACAACUGCAGCCCCCCUUUUUAAAUUCACGGACCCUAAGCUGAGCCGGAGUGCUUCGGGGGUCAAGGACAGGCUUCUAUUCUGGUGUCAGAGCAAGACCAAGGAGUACAAGAACAUUCAAAUAGACAACUUCUCAACAAGCUGGAGCAAUGGCCUGGCAUUUUGUGCUCUUAUCCAUCAUUUCCUCCCUGAUGCUUUCGAGUAUGAUUCCCUUAGGCCUGAGGAGCGGCGCAAGAACUUUGAGCUCGCUUUCCGAGUAGCUGAUGAAAAGGCUGGGAUCGCACCUCUGCUGGACGUUGAGGACAUGGUUAUCAUGCGUAAACCUGACUGGAAGUGUGUCUUCACUUACGUCCAGUCAGUGUAUCGCCGCUUUAAGGACCAAGACUGAUCCUCCAUGACAAUGUAAUGCAUGAAGUAAGGUUCCUAUCUUGAUAGCUCGAUAUCCUUUCAUCCAAGAGAAAAUACAUGCUUCCUUCAAAGCCCUCCUUUAAUAAAACUGAUGUGUAUUUUGUACAGAUUUGUAAAUUAGCAUAAAUUAUCAGACUUUAUAGUGAGCAUACAUUGUUGUAAAAUCAAAAUUAUUUAUCAUAUUCACAUGCACAAUUAUGGAUAUGAAAUGGAGCAAGAAACAAUAUUAAUCUUCUAAAGGUACACACAUAUAUUCAUAUGUAAUAAUAUAUAUAUAUAUGUGAAUAUAUCAUGUGUCUAAGGUUUGAUGUAAAAAUGAAAAUGAAGGCUUUUGGAUGCAUUGAAUAUGAUAGACAUUUUGUUAUGUAUGUAUGUUUGUAUUAUUAUAUAUUAUUUGUUGUAAUCAUUGUCUCUAGAUCAGGUAGACAGAAAUGAUGGAUCAUGCUCAAGGAGCAAAUCUUGAGAAAUUAGCUUAUUCUUGCCAAGAGUCCAGAGCUCCAGUGUUGCCAUCUCAUUGCCAAUCUCUGAACCAAUCAACUAACAUAAUUAUUAUUAAUGUUCACUUAUUAGAUAAAUUUUCAUACAUUUUUUAAGCUGCAAUUGUUGCGAAUCCAUUACUCAUAACUGCUUGCAACAGAGGUCCAUUCACAGCUCUAUCCUUCUGAAAAACAAUUAUAUAGUCGAUGAAAACUGUGUACAUAACAGGUCUCGACCUUCUACAGUUUUCAGAACUUGCUUGCUCCCCUAAUAUUAAACAAUUAUUUGUUGUUGUUUUUUUCUUUUGCUGGCUGAGGUAAUAUUUACGCAGUGGAUAUUAACAAUGUUUUUUUACUUUCAGAAGUGUAACUUGUAUCAAGGAUGUCUGGGUGGCUUAAAUUUUACUACAUUUUUAUGUGAAAACCAGACUAAUUGAUGUAAUUGAUCAUGUCUUUCGAUUUUUAAUUUUAUAUUGGUUCUAGUAGGGCCUACUAAUUUAAAUAAAAACUAAAGCUUCCUAUUACUGUAAGUAAAUAAAGCAAUUGAUAUUGUUAGAAACAAGA